UCGGAGGCGUUGUUGUCCUAAGUCAGCUGACCUGUGGCUGCUAAGCUGUCUUGAUCCUGCUGCACUGUGUUGUUACUACUCAAGUCAGUGCUCGAGGAAGUCAUUGUGUAACCUGUUUAUACAGAUCGUAUACUGUACUUCAUGAUAUGGCUGAGGAAAUGAAGAAAUAUCUACAUGAUCUAAUGAACAGUACUGAAGAUGUUCUGGGUAUCAUCAUAACAGAUCGUGAUGGUGUACCAAUACUCAAAGUUGCAGGUGAAGAAGCCCCAGAACUUGCUAUGCGACCAAACUUUAUCUCAACUUUUAGUAUGGCUACAGACCAGGCUGGUAAGCUGGGCAUGGGCAAGAACCACAAGAUGGUGUGUGUAUAUGGAAACUAUCAGGUAGUACAUUUUAACAAGCUCCCAAUGGUGGUGACAGUAAUAGCCACUAAUACAGCAAACACUGGAUUGCUCAUGGAUAUGGACAAGGAGAUCUCGGCCUUGGUGUCACAGCUAACGCAUGUAGUUGAUAUUUAGUAUUCACCAAGUCUUAUUUUCUGUGUGAGAUGUAAGCUUCCUUCUAAGUGUGUGUGUUCUAUCUUGAGCAAUUAUGCUCUGUUAACUACAUUACAGUACUCUAGUUGUUUUAAGUACUGUACUGUAUUUUACUUUCUAGUUUUACAAUAAGAUUUGUUUCUUAUCAAGUUUAAUAAAGGAGAUAAUUACCAAA